UCUCCCUGUGUGUGUGGGGGUAUUGCCUACCGGGCGGAGUAAUUCGCGCUGGUGUCUAUUGCGUGUGUGUGAGUGCGUGCUACGGCUGCUGCUUGUCACUCAUUGUGCCGUGAACACGGGUAGCGACAAGGACCAAAAUUCCGUCCGGUAGCAGUUGUUGUCCCUGGGAAAAAGGCUGGUAUCUGCACCCCCCCUUACCUCAGUAUAGAGACACCUCGCUUGUUCAAAGUGCGUCUGCUCUGCAAGGGAGAAUAUCUGAGACACAUUACAAUGCUGCAAAUAAGGGACCUCAUCUGGGGAUUGCUAUUCAUUGGCUGUGCAGCCGCCAUCCAGGUGCAGAUCACGCCAACACAGGGAGAGAUCAGCGUGGGAGAGUCCAAGUUCUUCCUCUGCGAAGUGACGGGAGAUGCUAAAGACAUCGACUGGUACUCCCCCAGUGGAGAGAAGAUCCUUCCCAACAGGCCGGACAUCAUCGUGAGCCGCGGAGAUGAAACCAUGUCCACGCUCACCAUCUACCACGCCAACGUGGACAGCGCCGGCAUCUACAAGUGUGUCGCCAAGAACGGAGACAAGGAGGCGCAGGCUACGGUGCAAGUGAAGAUCUUCCAAAAGAUCACCUUUGAGAGCGCCCCCAGCCCUCAGGAGUUUAACGAAGGCGAUGACGCGGCCAUCGUCUGCAACGUGAUCAGCUCUCCUCCUCCCAGCAUCAUCUGGAAACACAAAGGCUCCAAGAUCCAGGCUGCCAAAGACGUGAGAUUUAAGAUCCUGGAUAACGGCCACCUGCAGAUCCGCGGCAUCAAGAAGAUCGAUGAGGGCAUGUACAACUGCGAGGCGAGAGUCAUGGCCCGCGGAGAGAUCGACUUCAAGAUGAUCAAGGUCGUCGUUAAUGUGCUCCCCACCAUCAGGGCGAGGGUCUCCGAUGUGAACGCCACCGCAGACAACUCUGCCUCCGCCCUGCUGGCCUGCGACGCCGACGGCUUCCCCGAACCCACCGUCACCUGGGCACAUAACAACAUCGUCCUUGAAACCGGCGAUAAGUACAGCCUGAACGAGGAUGGUUCUGAAUUGGUAAUAAAAGAUGUCAAGAAAGUGGAUGAAGGAGAUUACACUUGCAUCGCCAAGAACAAGGCGGGAGAGAAAUCCGAGGAAGUGAGCCUGAACGUGUUCGUGCAACCCAAGAUCACGUACCUGAGCAACCAGACGGCCUCAGAGUUCGAUGAGCAGGUGACGCUGACCUGCGAGGCCUCAGGAGACCCCACCCCCUCCAUCUCCUGGAGCUUCGAGACCCGCGUGUUCACCGAAGGAGAGCAGAGCCUCGACAGAAACAUCGUGGUCCGCAGCCACGCCCGAGUGUCCUCGCUCACGCUGAAGAACGUCCUGUUCACGUAUGCCGGGAAGUACCUCUGCAGCGCCGGGAACUCCAUCGGACAGGACGAGCAGCACAUGUUCCUGGAAGUCCGCUAUGCUCCUAAGAUCCUGGGCUCGGUGACGGUGUACACGUGGGAGCGGAACUCGGCCAACAUCAGCUGUGAGGUGGAGGCUCACCCUGGAGCCGCCGUGCUGUGGUUCAGAGACGGCCUGCAGCUGCCCUCCACCAACACCACCAACGUGAAGAUCUACAACACGCCCUCCGUCAGCUACCUGGAGAUCACUCCUGAUUCCCAGAAUGACUUCGGCAGCUACAACUGCACCGCCUCCAACGCGAUGGGCUCUGAGUCCAAGGAGUUCCUUCUGAUCCAAGCAGAGGUGCCAUCCUCUCCAGAGAUCCAGCAGGUGGACCCUUUCUCCAGCACCGCGGUGGUGAGCUUUGAGGAGCCUGACUCCAUGGGGGGGGUCCCCAUCAUCAGAUACAGGGUGGAGUGGCGUCUGAUUGGCCAGGACUGGAAGAGCAUGGAGCACGACGCUAAAGACGACCUGAUCAGCAUCACCAUCGCUGGCCUGAAGCCGGAGACCACCUACGAGGUCAAGAUGUCCGCCAUCAACGGAAAAGGAGAAGGCGAGAGCAGCGCGGUGAGCAGCUUCACCACCGAGCCCGUCCAAUAUUCUUUCACAAUUUCCUCAGAGACCCCUCCUCCUAUUGCUGCCACCAGUUUGGCCCUUAGUGAGUAUGCCGAAGGGGAACCUAGUGCACCUAAACUGGAGGUGAAGGUCCUGGAGAGGGGCAACUCUCUGAAGGUGAACUGGAUCAAGCAGGACGACGGCGGAUCCCCCAUCAAACACUACCUGGUCCGAUACAAGGCUAAGCACGUGUCUGAGUGGAAGCCAGAGAUCCGAAUGCCUGACAGCAGCGAUCACGCAACGCUGAGCGGCCUGGACUGGAACACGGAGUACGAGGUGUACGUGGUGGCCGAGAACCAGCAGGGAAAAUCAGAGCCGGGUGUCGUCUCCUUCAGAACCGCCAGCGACCCUACCACCAUCCCAGACGCAGCGACCGGAGGUUCAGGUAUGGGCACCGGCGCCAUCGUGGGCAUCCUCAUCGUGGUCUUCUUCCUGCUGCUGGUGGGCGUGGACGUCACCUGCUACUUCCUGAAUAAAUGUGGCCUCCUCAUGUGCAUCGCCGUCAACUUCUGUGGGAAGGCCGGCCCGGGGGCCAAGAGCAAAGACAUCGAGGAGGGCAAGGCCGCGUUCACGAAAGAUGAGUCCAAGGAGCCCAUCGUGGAGGUGAGAACGGAAGAGGAAAACACUCCCAACCAGGGGGGGGGUCCCACUGAGCCCAACGAGACCACGCCCCUCACAGAUCCUGAGCCUCCUGCUGCAGACUCCACUUCCUCCCCGGUGGUGAACGUGCCCCCCCCCUCCACCGCCAAUAACUCUGAGAGCUUUAGCACGGCGCAGAGCAGUCCGGUUAGCGAGAGCACCACCAUCAGCCCUACCAAAGCCCCCCCAAAAAACAGCCCCCCGAUCAAAACCAGUGAUUCUAACGCUAACCCCCAGCCUGAUGUUGGGCCCCUGGUCGACCUGAGCGAAACCCCUAAAGUCUCAGAGGCCCCGAGUACGGACUCACAGGUAGACGGCCCGAACGAGGAUGCACCCAAAGCCCCGAGCACAGACUCCAACACACCGGCCCAAAAUGACGGUAAGAUUGUGAAGGAUGGAAACACUAAAGUGGGCGAGACGGAGGUGAAGAACGCCACGGCCGAAGUGAAGACGGUCCCCAGCGAGGCCCCGCAGACGAACGGCAAUGAAAGUAAAGCGUAAAACGAGAAGAAGCGGGUGGUUUAUGGGGGGGGUUUAAUGGGGUGUGGGGUUUUUAAGGUUAAAAAAAGGGGGGGGGGGGUCACAGUCACUGAAACCUCAAAGCAAUGUCACGCACCACCCCAUCGCAUCAGGAGGAAAAUAAAUCAUGAGUCAUUUUCUACCGUGUCUUCUGACCAGGGAAAUGUAAAGACCUCAUGCACAUGCCUUAGUUCCUUUUACAUCUACGUCACAGAAAUAAAAUGCAUAGUUCCUUCUCUCAUUUGUAAUAUGAAAUUGGUAAACAGUAAAAAAGGGAUCCAUACUAUUUUCCUGUAGAUAACCCUGUUUGGACUGUAGCUUUAUACACAAAUGUAAGGAUACAUUACCAACACUACUUUUCUUUAUGGAGUGCGGUCAUCACCUGGUAAUGGAUUAUGGGUCUUUCUUCUUUUGUCGAUAUUUUGAUGUGUUUAAAUAAUGUACUGCCUAUUUAGCUUUUUUAAUGUGUUAUUUCCAGGGCUAGAGAUUAGAGCGUUAGCAUGCCUGUUUUUUGCAAAGUUACUGUAUUUCUGUACAUGUUGCUGUCGUUUAUUUUGCUCAAAUGUUGUCUCCAAAUGGUUCCGGUGGAGAAAUCGUUUUAAAGCCUAAGCUAUGAGAAACGGAAGAAAGAUUUGUCAUGCUAUUAAAGACCGGGGCGUUUCAACCCUGUCUCCUAAAACAAGAUGUUUGUAUGUACAUGUUUGUUGGUGUUUAGGUCCGCCUGAUACAUUUUACUUUGCAGAUAUGUUAUAAAAAUCUGGAUGACAUUUCAAAACAAACUUUCUGUUGCUGCUUACGAGCGUCAUUUUUUUAAGGAGACAGCGUUAGGGUUAGGAGGCGAUCACAUUAAGGAUACAAGCUGUGUUAUGUUGAGGGGCCAUAUCCCUCAGAGUCCAAAUUUAAGACUAAAUAUGCCUUAUUUACAGAUCUCAAGUGUCCCAUCAUUCACCAGCUGAUUAUUUGCUCACGAAGUCAGAAAAUGAUCAUGUGACCAAAUAUACCGGGUGUAUCCACAUGAUGCCUCGUUAAAAUAUGAGCAAAACCAAUGGAAAUAAUGCUACAGGAUGUAAAUAAUGGAAGCCUUGCCAGACGUUGGAAGUAUCUAAAUAGUGAAAGUUAAAUAAGUUAUUCACUUAUUGCCAGUUAUCCAUUGUUUCACGAUAGAAAAGCUUCACUAAACCAUGCUAUACGAAAGGAUGUGGCUCCUUUAAAGGGACACAGCUUGCUUUAUGUAAUUGUUAAUAUUGCAGUAGAGUGGUUCAGCGAUGUCGUAUUUAUGUGGUCAAACCCUAAAGGUACUAUCUUACUAGUUCCCUAGACAAAAAGCCAAUUGGAUUGUGAAUGAUUGCAGAAAUAAGCUCCAACCACACACCUUAUUUCAAGCAUCUAACCCAUUCAAAAAAACAUUGACUUCAAGAUGAGGGAUCUGGAAGUGCUAGAACGCUGACUCAUUUCCGGGGUUGAGGACUCAUUCCUGCACCACUCUAAUGGUUUUCUAUCUUACAAAACCGCCUUUAUCUACUUCUCUUUCACACAUAACUUUAAACAUGUGGGAUUGAACUCUUAAGGCUACGUGUGUUUUGUCUAAAUUAUUUCUGUUGCUCAAACUCGUUGAACACCAGUUUCCACUGCCAGCAAUUAGCCUGGUCCCGUUAUUUCCUUUAGGUUAAACAUCUCUACCUUCUCCUAUGGUUCAUAGCCAUCGUUGCCUUCUCUGUGCUAACCACUGUUCACCGCUCAACCGUCCUCUCUUUCCCCACAACGUGUGAGUUUGUGUCACCUCUGCUUCCACCGUCCUGCAUUACUUAGUGUGUGACAUGUAUUGUAGGUUUAGUACAGUUCAAAAUCAGUUAAUCACUCCCAGCACAAGGACCACUUAGCGGAAAUUAUCUGGAAAAUGUCUGUAAAUUACUCAAAAUGAGACGACAGUUGACAUAAAAAUGUGUUCUUUUUCUGAUAUGCUCAGCCAGAAAAAAUUAAUAAAUUGAGAUUUGUUAAGAGAACACACACAUUGUAUGAAGUUGUGUGUUCGGACGAGUUUUAAAGGACUAUACUUUGGUAGUUUACACAAAAUGUGAGAAUAAAUGAUGGUUAUCUGUGUUUCUGAUAUAUCAAUACUCACAGAUAGCAUUAUAAUGAACAGCAAAUGGUUUAAUUUAAUGUAAAUAAAUGUUAUUUCUUUACUGCUAAAGGAAAACCCAAACUGCUUUAACCAUGAAGGGAACUGCACAUGUACAUCUGCAUGGUAUGAUACAUUUGGUGCAGAGUAUUUGGAUUUUUUUAUUGGGGUUUUUUAAAAGAAAGUAGAAUAAAAAUGUAACUUAAAUUGUUACUACUCAAAAUACAUAGUCAGGUGAAGCUGGUUAAACGUUCAAAACAAACUAAAUGCACCGCUUUUGUACUUUUGGACGUCAAAGAAAAAGCUAAUUGCGGUUUUAGAUAAACACCAAUGCUAACAUUUUAGCAUGCACACUAUUGCCAAAAGAAAACCCAAUCGGCUACAACCAUGAAGGAAACUGCACAUGUCAUUUUGAUGCGGACAAAUUGGAUUUGUAUAAGGAUUAUAAAAAAAUAAAAUACAUACAAAUGUAACUCAAACAAAAGAAAGCUUCAGGUUGAGCUGGAUAGAAAACAACAUAUUCCCAAAACUCACUGAAUGCAUACGUUUGAACCUUUUUUGUAAUCUCGGAUGUUAAAAAUAAAGCAGAUUGAGGUUUUAAAUAAUGCUGAUGCUAACUUUUUAGCAUGCACACUUAACAGAAACACCUAGACUUUGACAACAGUCCAUUCAAUAUUUCGUAACACGACCUAGUCUAGUCCUUUGAAACUCAUUCAAAUAAAGCCAUCAGGUGCUCUGAUAUUAGGGUUAAUGGAGAUCCUGAGCCUGUGAGUGUGUCUUUAAAUGAAUGUACACACACGCACACACACAUACACACACACACAAGCCUUUCAGUUCCCGUCCUUUCAAUUAUGAAGGAUUUUAGCGUUUGAAAGUCUGUUUGGGAAGUUUUUUUUGUGUACAGUGUUCCUCCUCUUUAGACUGCAAGCUAGUACACUGUGAAUGUGUGAGUGCAUUGUGUCUUUUGUCAUAGCGAGUAGUAGUUUGAUCGUGAAUAGCCGGUAGGAUUUUUCCAACAGCAGCAAAGUGGAAAGACACAGUGCCUUUGAAUUACAGAAAGUGGUGGCAUGCAUUACAUUCCUCUCAGUGUCUGAACAUUAGAAUACAAAUCACAUCUCCAUCUUUCUGCAGGUUUUUCAUUUACUACAUUUUCACAUGUGUGCAGCGCUUUGUCACAGAAUGAUUCUGGGUUAUUACAGUCUGAUGUUGGUACGUUUCACUGAGAAAAAAAGGUAGAAACAUCACAAACAAAACUGUGGAAAAGCAGAAUUAUUCUUAAAAUCAUUACAUUAGAAAACUAUAAAACACAAUGACACUUUGCUCAGGUCCCGGAGUCAAUUCAUGAUCUGAAAUUGUUGGAUUUGUCAGCAUGCAAAAUAUAUUAGAAAUCACACCGUUUUGGAAAUGGGAAAAGAAUGAAGGCUUCAUGUGUUGUUAUUGAUCUUCUUUCAAGUGUUGUGUAACCUGUUUCUCAAACUUUGUUUUUAUUUGUUUGCUUCACAGAGCUCUGAAAUGUAAUUAAAAAGGAAGAGUUGUCAUGAGCAGAUGUUACUGUUUCUUCUGAAAUACAGUGUGAAAAUAUACAAAA